UCACGGGAAGCCAUCGCCCAAGAUAACGGUGGACGGUCAAAUCGCGAUUCUCAAGUUAGUUUGAAUCGAAUAUAAUACGGGUUAAUAUUGGUUUGUGAAUCCUUAUUCGGUUCUUUAUGUGUUCAAGUGCUCGUAAGUUUAGCGUAUCGUUCCAACGCGCCAAUUUUGUGCAGUUCCUGUGAAGUGUCCGUGCUCAAAACAAUGGCGUAAUUGUCCAGCCUAUCCUGUUUACUUACUUAUCUUUAUUAGACGCCUCCGACAAUCUAAGGAUACAGUCUCAUUUGCUUGCACCUUCGGCAGUUAUUUAAAUAAUAGGAUAGGAUGAGGGAGUAUAAGAUGGUGGUCCUCGGAAGCGGGGGUGUCGGGAAAUCGGCACUAACAGUCCAGUUUGUACAAGGAAUUUUCGUCGAGAAAUACGACCCAACAAUCGAAGAUAGUUAUCGAAAGCAAGUAGAAGUUGAUGGUCAGCAGUGUAUGCUAGAAAUUUUAGACACUGCUGGAACGGAACAAUUCACAGCCAUGAGAGAUCUUUAUAUGAAAACUGGUCAAGGUUUUAUUUUAGUUUACUCGAUCACUGCUCAGUCAACGUUUAAUGAUUUGCAAGACUUACGGGAACAAAUUUUAAGGGUAAAAGAUACAGAUGAUGUACCAAUGGUGCUCGUCGGCAACAAGUGUGACCUAGAAGAUGAACGUGUAGUAGGGAAAGAUCAAGGUGUCAAUCUUGCAAGACAGUUCAAUUGUGCGUUUAUGGAAACAUCUGCCAAAGCAAAAAUAAAUGUUUAUGAUAUAUUUUUUGACCUAGUGCGACAAGUUAAUAAAAAAUCCCCGGAGAAAAAGCAGAAACAAAAGAAGAAAAGCCUGUGUAAACUUUUAUAAAAGCUGUUAUUGGAAGGUAUUAGCUUGAUUUGUUUAUAUUGAACCAAGCAUCGUGACCAGGUGCGUGUAAAUAUUUUAUCAAUUUACCGUGUACAUCGUGCAGGCUUGUGUCAUGUCAGCCAUUCUGCGCGUUGCUAUGUUCUGAGCUGCUGAGCCACUUCUCACCGUUAAUAAUUAAUUGUUGUUAAAUUUUAAAAUUGAAUGUAUGUAUAAAUCAGUUUUAUUUUGAUUAUAAUCUAUUGAAUAAUGGAUAUGAAGAUAUAUCAUUAAAUGUAAUCUAGUUUUGUAAGUAUACCUUCUUCCAGUUGUCGUGCGCUCUGUCUUCUGAGGCUUGGAAGUGUUUGCACAAAUCCAUUUUUCUUUCAAUUUUCGACUCGUGUAAUUUGUUUUAUGCACUUAGCAAUGAUUUUUCAUACAUUCGUAGUUAAGCAUUACCUCUUCCUCAGUCAAUACCAAUCAAGCACAUUAAAUGCAUUCAAGUUUGAACAGCAACCUGCGAUCCAGACGAAAAUUUCUACAAUAAGCACUUUGUCGUAAUACCUUGUUUUAUACUCAGUUGUUAGUUCUUAUCACGGUUCUAUCUCACUCUACUUGUCUUUCCUUCUUCUGAAAAACUGAACUGUUUCCAUGUUUUUAUCCUCAAUUAAUACUAUUGUGUUCAGAAUUUCAUGCCGGUAGUUUGACAAGGAUUUUCUUUUGUGCUCUCAGCGUUUUUUGUCGGUUCAGCAUUGUGAAUUUUGUUCACCCUCCCAUCUCACAGCUCUAAGGUGAAUAGUUCAGGGGUACUCUUUCUAGCUAAUUAGACAUAGUUCCUCCUUUCGAACUUUAAACAUCGAUUACAGGAUUUGUGCAUUUUUUGCAUUCAAAUUUGAUCAAUCUGAGGACCAAAGUGAGAAUCUGUAGUUCAAGCAUACCAUUAGAACUUGGACUGAAACUGCUCAAGUUAGGCUUCUGUCUGAUGUAGCUUUUUCCCUGCGUCUUGUCAUCAUCAAAACGGGAAAGAGUCUUCAAAACAAAUCCUCUUAAAUUGGUAUCAUCCUAUUUUAUUUAAUACAAUCAAAAAGAGAGUAAAAUUAUUUGUUUCAUUCCUCCUUAAAAAUUUAGACGGGUAUCCCAAUCUGCUACUUUUGAAAUUUUAUAUUCUUUCUAAAUCAGGUGUCCUGUAUCGUUGAAGUAUCCAUUCAUUACCCCUCAAUUCCUCUUUUCUCGUAAUGUAAAUUGCAGAAUUUCAACACAUUUUCGCAAUUUGAAUAGAGAGAUGUAUGGAUGCUAACGCUGUUAAAGAAGAUAUCAAACAGAAUGACAUAAUCGCAGAACUGAACAUUGGUACCUUUUGAAGGAAUUGGUAUGAAUGUAAUACCCGCUGACACUAGAGGGCUGCUGCUGGUGUUUCUGGAUUUUUUUUUUUUCGAAACCAAAUGUGCACAGUUUAUCACUUGCUAAUGCCAGUCAUCACCCACUAAUCUAUAAAAGUUAGCUCCUUUUUUACCCUGAUGGAUCCUUAUACUGUUGGAUCAGUAGCAGUCUUCAAUGCAGCCAUUUCGGCUAAAAUGAGAAAUUUUUCUGAACUCUUCCACUCAUCAGAAUUUUGGCAGUCUGUAGGUAGUCGUUCAUGUGUACCUUUUUGUUCUCCUUCUUUGUAUUCCGUUUGAAAUUACUUAGGAUUUUUAAUUAUUUUGUCAAGAUUUUAUUCCAGAGAUGCCUACUACUCCUCUGCCUAACUUGUACCGUUAUUUUUACUUAUUUCUCCUCUAGUUAUUGUAAUUUUUAUGCAAAGGUUUCCACUUGUUUCUUCUUAAUUUACCGGCUUAGUUUAUUUAUUUCAUUGGUAUUUUUUUAUCACGCAGUACUGAUAACUUUGUUAUAAAAUCCCAUUUCAGAAACACUCACAUGUUAGUCUGUUGUUCAGAUGUGAUUGAAGUGAAUAUUUGUUGAAAAAUGUUUGAAGGUUUAAGUUUACUCUAGAACCAAGUGGUUCCACCCUUACCAAACGUUAUUGAAUCACAAAUGCCUAUUUUACCCGGUGUGCAAUUGUAAUCUAACGAACUCAGCUGUAAAUUUUUGUUUUGCAAGUGAUGGACGGAUGCAAACGCACAAACUAACUGGUCCUUGUCAAUUAGCAUCUUAUCCUAGUCGUCAUAAGUUUUUAAACAAUGAGACCAAGUUAAGAUUUUGACUCCUACAUUCUGACACUGGUUAAAUGUUCGUAAAAGCCACACCGAGUUUCUCAGUUUUUGAUGGAUUUUUCUUGUUCAUCUUUUUUUGUCUCUGGCUACUUUUUAACAAAUGAUAUUUCAGGAUUUGAUGAUUUUUCUCAAGCAUUAUGGCUCCCUUUACCAAUGAGUCGUUUCUCUGAUAAAUAGAAGCUGAAGCCUCCUUCAAUUUUUAAAAAAAUCUAAAAAUAUAAAUUAUCAUUGUCUAGUGAUGGGCUUUAUGAUCCAAAAAAAUUCUACCAGAAGGUUUUCACCUACUCACCUGCCCCUCUCAUGUCUUUUAUUCUCUGUGGCUCACAUCUCAAAUUUUUGCAAUGUCAUGUAUUCAAUUCCUUUUGGAAUCAAAUCAUCAGUGCUAAGCUUGUUGCGAAUGACAUCAGCAUAAUAUACACAAAUGCACUGUGUUAGAGCGGUCUGUUGUCCUUGAACUCAAAUCCUUAAGUUGACAAGAAUUGGAUUCAUUUUGUGAUGGACAGCGUUUGAUUUUAACUGUAGGCAUCCGUUUUCCAAUGCGCACAAGUGAUUUCUAAUUGUUUUUCUGAACCUUCGCAUUUCGUUAUUCAAAUGAAGUGUUCAUUGAGGUACUGCACAACAGGUUAUCAGUUCAAGUUCAUGGUAGAAAAUGAUUCGUGUACCUACAAAUUUUGAAAUCAACUUAUAUUUGAGGCAAAAUUUCACUAUCAACAUCGGUCCAGUGGCAAAAUCCAAAUACUGUCAUACCUGUAUCAUGAUUUACCUCAAAAGCUCUGCAAGGUUUUUACUCGUGAGCUGAUUUCUGAAUGAGUCAUUGCCUGAAUCGUUUUCAGUGUAAAAUUUUAAAACGAAACCAAGUAUGAUCAUGAUUUAAUUCUCUCCAUAUCUGUUUGCUCAUUGCUCUAUAAGCACAAGUCAAUAUGUUGUUCCAAGUAGAAAUUAUGAAAGAAUUACCGGCCAUGCACCAGCAAAUUAUGACAGUUGUAGGAGAAAAUGGGCCCAAAAUAGUGUUGUUCUUUUCGUGAUACUAUGAUGCUGACCCAUGAUGUACUAAUGAAAUCAAGAUGAAGUUUCUCAGUGGCUUACCUAAGAAAUUAUUGCAUCAUCCCAUUAGUUUUGGAACGCCUAUGAUCGCAAGAAUACUUCUUUGAAAAGAAAAAAGGAAAGUAUGUUUAAAAUAUUGAAAAGCAUCAUGAAUCCAAUGACUUUAAAAUUCAACAGAGAAUAUUUUCAUUGUAAAGUAGUGAAUUCAAUAACAGCACUCUCCUCAGAUUUUUUUCAAACUCUGUUUUUUGAUUAUUCAUAUUUGAGCCCUCCUCUUCCUAAUUUAAAGAAAAGAUUACCUUUGGAAUUAAAUUUUAGGGAUAUAGCCAGACAACGGAGUUUUUUAGUCAAUGUUUAUUUACAAAAUGUGUGGAUGCGUGAAAAACUCUGUGGUCUGGCUGUGUCCCUAAAAUUAAUUUCCAAUAUUAAAAAACCACGCAAUAUGCGGCUUAACUCAUAACAUAAAAAAUUACCUGCCACCCUGUGAUGAAAUUGUAAGUGAAGGCUCGUACUUGUGCAAGGAAAAAGCCUAUGAAUAUUUUUCUACUGUGUCCUUUUUCUCUACCUUGACAGAGUCCCCUACAUAACCAGUUGACCAGUGGUAUACUUUAUCCAUCCAGUGCAGAACAAAAUAAUCGCUGUUAGUUCCCGUGUCUGUCUGAAGUUAUGUACUAGUUAUUACUUUUUGUUUAGUUUUAAGUGAUCACUGAUGAUGUUAAAAUCAACUAAAUAUCUUAGAAUAUCACUCCGGUUUUAGCUGUAAAUAGAAAUUGAAUUGAAAAAACUUAAAGGAGAAAAAUCCUUGUAAUUACAUACUGCUAUAAAAAAUUAUUAAAGAUUUUUUAAUGAAACCUCAA